AUGAGGGAAGAGUAUCAAUCAAACAGUAGCCACGUUGAGCUAAUCAAUUUAGAUGAAGUGUACGGAGUUACAAAGAUAGGACCUAAUACAUAUCGUGGAAACAGACCAUUAACCAAACCAGAUAGAAGAUCAAGGGGGGUUUACGGGGGAAAUCUUUGUGGUCAAGCCGUCUUAGUUGCCAUGGAAGCAUCGCCACCAGAGUUUAAACCACAUUCCUUUCAUUCAUAUUUUGUUAAAGCUGUUCGUGAUGAUGAGCCAUUGACUUGGAAAGUGCAAGAAGUGUCUACUGGUAGGACUUUUGCUAAUCGUUCAUUACAAGCUCUUCAGCUUGGCAAUAUUGUUUUUACUGCGGAAGUGUCUUUGACCAAGAAAAACUCUAUUUCCAAAACCAAAUCAGCUGAAAAUAAACCGUCCUUUCUGUUCGAGACUCCAAUAGGUAAAACUUUCGAUGCUUAUAAUAAUGCUUCCUUGCCGAUUGUCUCAAACGAUUUAGUUUUACUUGACUAUAGGCUAUUCCCAAAGCAAUUAGACUCAGAUAAAAUAUCAUAUUCACUUAAAUGGGGUAAUGACAAUCAGAAUAGUUGGGAUAUGUUGCAUGUUAAAACAGAUUAUCAGUUUGUUGGGUUGGCUAUACUAUCAGAUACACUUGAUGUUGGUGCAUUUUUGAAGCAUUUAGGUUACGAAAGCAAUCCGAAAUUUAAUGCAUCUUUGGAUCACAGUGUUUAUUUCCACGAUAAUGAUUUUGAUGUAACAAAGUGGUGCACAACAUUUAUAAAAGUUUCUAGAAUGGGUAACGAUAGAGCAUUAAUCAAAGGUGAAAUUUACUCAAAUAAUGGCCUGCAUAUUGCCACUAUUGUUCAAGAAAGAUUGUGGAUCACAGGGGGUGCUAAAUUAUAG